GAACAAAUUUUAAAGCGAUGACAAAGAGAAACUUGAUUGGAAUGCAGUAGAUGAAAAAAAAAGCAACAGAACAAAGUAGACAGCUACAAUUCUGUAAUUGUUAGGAAAAUCAAAAUUUAAACAUUGAAAUAUGUUUAAACAGCUUUCUGAAUGUGCAUUUUGAUAUAUUAUAGCAAUAUAGUUCAUGUUUGAGAUAAGAGUUUUGAGAAUGUGUGUUGGCAUUUGUUCGUAGUAUCGCGAGAAUAAUUAAAUAAAAAAGGUGACUAAGAUGCAACACUGCUCGGCUAGUAGAUAUUCGGUUGGAAGAAAGAAGCCGGUCGUAGUCGUUUGAGAGUAGAGUAAUUGAGAAGUCGUUUAACGAAAGUGGAACAAAGUGGGAAAGGUAAUCUGUUUAUAACCUUAUAAGUGCUUAACCAAUAUUGUCAAAAAGUGCCGAAAUAACAUUUCAUAAAAGUAAAAUAUCAAAUAAAAUAGUAAAAUGGCUGAAGAAGUCGAUCGUAACGAUCCCGAAUUGAAAUACCUUUCCGUUGAACGGAACCAGUUCAAUGAUCCAGCAACGCAAGCUGAAUGGACACAGAAACGGCUUGUUUGGGUACCGCAUGAGAACCAGGGUUUCGUAGCUGCGAGCAUUAAACGGGAACAUGGCGACGAAGUUGAAGUGGAACUUGCUGAAACUGGCAAACGUAUGAUGGUUUUGCGUGAUGAUAUACAGAAGAUGAAUCCGCCGAAAUUCGACAAAGUCGAAGAUAUGGCGGAACUGACAUGUCUCAAUGAAGCUUCUGUUUUGCACAACAUCAAGGACAGAUAUUAUUCUGGUUUAAUUUAUACUUACUCUGGCCUUUUCUGUGUUGUUGUAAACCCUUACAAAAAAUUGCCAAUCUAUACCGAGAAGAUAAUGGAACGGUAUAAGGGUAUAAAAAGGCAUGAGGUGCCUCCCCAUGUUUUCGCAAUAACCGACACCGCCUAUAGAUCUAUGUUACAAGAUCGCGAAGACCAAUCGAUUUUAUGUACUGGAGAAUCUGGUGCUGGUAAAACCGAAAAUACGAAAAAAGUGAUACAGUAUUUGGCGUAUGUAGCGGCUUCAAAACCAAAAGGAGCGGGAGCUGGACCUCAUCCGGCUUUAAUUAUUAGUUUGCAAGUUAGUGCGAAGCGAAGUUAUAAAAUCAAAUGUAAUGUUCAUAGUGUGUCAGAUUCUGUUUAUGUUAAGAAUGAAAGUCAGAAAGAUGUUCCUAAAAUGAAAGAAAAUACUGGAUGCCGAUGUUUGAUGUCGAAGGGCGAACUGGAACAACAACUUUUGCAAGCCAAUCCCAUUUUGGAAGCUUUUGGAAAUGCGAAGACUGUGAAAAACGAUAACUCAUCUCGUUUUGGUAAAUUUAUACGCAUAAACUUCGACGCGUCGGGCUACAUUUCGGGUGCGAAUAUCGAAACAUACCUGCUGGAGAAAUCUCGUGCCAUUCGCCAAGCGAAGGAUGAACGGACUUUCCACAUAUUUUACCAAUUACUUGCCGGUGCAUCGCCGGAACAACGAGAAAAGUUCAUACUCGACGAUGUCAAAUCAUAUCCAUUCCUUUCAAAUGGCAGUCUACCAGUGCCCGGCGUGGAUGAUUUUGCCGAAUUUCAGGCAACAGUUAAGUCUAUGAACAUCAUGGGGAUGACCAGCGACGACUUCAAUUCUAUUUUCCGUAUUGUGAGCGCUGUACUAUUGUUUGGUUGCAUGAAAUUCCGACAGGAGCGUAAUAAUGAUCAAGCAACGCUUCCGGACAAUACGGUGGCUCAGAAGAUUGCGCAUUUACUUGGUUUGAGUGUAACCGAUAUGACAAGAGCCUUCCUAACACCUCGUAUCAAGGUGGGACGUGAUUUCGUUACAAAAGCCCAAACAAAAGAGCAAGUGGAAUUCGCUGUGGAAGCCAUUGCCAAGGCCUGCUACGAACGUAUGUUCAAGUGGUUAGUAAACCGUAUUAACCGAUCGUUGGAUCGUACCAAACGUCAAGGUGCAUCCUUUAUCGGUAUACUUGAUAUGGCUGGUUUUGAGAUAUUCGAAUUGAAUUCAUUCGAGCAGCUUUGCAUUAAUUACACCAAUGAAAAAUUGCAACAACUCUUCAAUCACACGAUGUUCAUUUUGGAGCAGGAGGAAUAUCAACGGGAGGGUAUUGAAUGGAAAUUCAUUGACUUCGGUCUUGAUCUGCAACCAACGAUUGACUUAAUUGAUAAGCCCGGCGGCAUAAUGGCUUUACUAGACGAAGAAUGUUGGUUCCCAAAGGCUACAGACAAAACGUUUGUAGACAAACUGGUAUCGGCACAUUCCAUGCACCCGAAAUUCAUGAAAACAGAUUUUCGCGGUGUUGCUGACUUCGCUAUUGUUCACUAUGCUGGUAAGGUUGAUUACUCGGCAGCCAAGUGGUUGAUGAAGAAUAUGGAUCCGUUGAAUGAAAAUAUUGUUUCGCUGCUGCAAGCAUCUCAGGAUCCUUUCGUUGUGAAUAUUUGGAAGGAUGCUGAAAUUGUGGGUAUGGCUCAACAAGCAUUAACCGACACUCAAUUUGGUGCUCGCACACGUAAGGGAAUGUUCCGAACAGUAUCACAUUUGUACAAAGAACAACUUGCCAAACUUAUGGAUACCUUACGCAAUACAAAUCCGAACUUUGUACGUUGCAUUAUUCCAAACCAUGAAAAGCGUGCUGGUAAGAUAGACGCGCCUUUGGUUUUAGACCAGUUGCGCUGCAAUGGUGUACUAGAAGGUAUUCGUAUUUGUAGACAGGGCUUCCCCAAUCGCAUUCCCUUCCAAGAGUUCCGUCAACGCUACGAACUACUUACGCCGAACGUUAUACCCAAAGGUUUUAUGGACGGCAAAAAAGCGUGCGAGAAAAUGAUUCAGGCUUUAGAAUUGGAUACGAACCUUUUUCGAGUUGGUCAAUCAAAAAUCUUUUUCCGAGCAGGCGUUUUGGCUCAUCUGGAAGAAGAGCGUGAUUACAAGAUCACCGAUUUAAUUGUGAACUUCCAAGCGUUUUGUCGUGGCUAUCUAGCACGCCGCAAUUACCAAAAACGUCUACAGCAGUUGAACGCCAUUCGUAUAAUACAACGUAAUUGCGCGGCGUAUCUAAAAUUGCGUAACUGGCAGUGGUGGCGUCUCUACACAAAAGUAAAGCCCUUGCUAGAGGUAACCAAACAAGAGGAGAAACUGGUACAAAAAGAAGACGAGCUUAAACAGGUGCGUGAAAAACUGGAUGUUCUGGCGAAAAACACGCAGGAGUAUGAACGUAAAUAUCAACAAGCGGUUGAGGAAAAGACCACGUUAGCUGAACAAUUGCAAGCUGAAAUUGAGCUCUGUGCUGAAGCAGAAGAGUCACGUUCCCGUUUAAUGGCCCGCAAGCAAGAGUUAGAGGAUAUGAUGCAAGAGUUGGAAGCGCGAAUUGAAGAGGAAGAAGAAAGAUCACUUGCACUCGGAGCAGAAAAGAAGAAGUUAGAGUUGAAUAUACAAGAUCUCGAAGAACAGUUGGAAGAAGAAGAGGCUGCUCGACAGAAAUUGCAGCUGGAAAAGGUACAGUUAGAUGCCAAAAUCAAGAAGUAUGAAGAAGAUCUGGCUGUUACGGAUGAUCAGAAUCAGAAAUUGAUAAAAGAGAAGAAAAUACUAGAAGAACGUGCAAAUGAUCUUUCUCAGACAUUGGCGGAAGAGGAGGAGAAAGCAAAGCACUUAAGUAAACUAAAGGCUAAGCAUGAAGCUACAAUAGCUGAAUUAGAAGAACGAUUACAUAAAGAUCAGCAACAACGACAAGAAUCCGAUCGCUCUAAGCGUAAGAUUGAGACCGAAGUGGCCGACUUGAAGGAACAAUUGAAUGAGCGUCGCAUUCAAGUGGACGACAUGCAAACGCAAUUGGCGAAACGUGAAGAGGAAUUGACGCAAACCUUGAUGCGCAUCGAUGAGGAAUCUGCAGCGAAAGCCACCGCACAAAAGGCACAGCGUGAACUAGAAUCGCAAUUGGCUGAAAUUCAGGAAGACUUGGAGGCAGAAAAGGCUGCCCGAGCGAAAGCAGAAAAAAUACGCCGAGAUUUGGGCGAAGAACUGGAGGCAUUGAAAAACGAACUGCUGGACUCUUUGGAUACAACAGCUGCUCAACAAGAGUUACGUUCAAAGCGAGAACAAGAACUGGCCACCUUGAAGAAAUCCUUGGAAGAUGAGGCAGUCAAUCACGAAUCAUUUUUAUCUGAAAUGAGGCACAAACAUUCCCAAGAACUUAAUGCCAUCAAUGAUCAAUUGGAAAACCUGCGUAAAGCAAAGGCAGUGCUCGAAAAAUCGAAGGGUACCUUGGAGGCGGAAAAUGCCGACUUGGCGACCGAAUUGCGAAGCGUGAAUAGUUCACGGCAAGAAAAUGAUCGCCGUCGUAAACAAGCUGAAUCGCAAAUAGCUGAGCUUCAGGUAAAACUAGCUGAAAUUGAACGUGCACGAUCAGAGCUUCAAGAGAAGUGCACAAAACUGCAACAGGAGGCAGAAAAUAUAACGAAUCAGUUGGAAGAAGCUGAAUUGAAAGCAUCGGCUGCUAUAAAAUCUGCUAGUAAUAUGGAGUCUCUACUGACGGAAGCGCAGCAAUUACUUGAAGAAGAGACGCGACAAAAGUUAUCGUUAAGCUCAAAACUAAGGCAGUUGGAAUCAGAAAAGGAGGCAUUGCAGGAGCAACUGGAGGAGGAUGAAGAGGCAAAGCGCAAUUAUGAGCGGAAAUUAGCCGAGUUAACCGCACAAAUGCAGGAUAUUAAGAAAAAGGCGGAAGAGGAUGCUGAUCUGGCCAAAGAAUUGGAGGAAGGCAAAAAACGAUUGAAUAAAGAAAUUGAAGCCCUGGAAAGACAGGUUAAAGAAUUGAUAGCUCAAAAUGAUCGUUUAGACAAAAGUAAAAAGAAAAUACAAUCGGAGCUCGAAGACACAACCAUUGAAUUGGAAGCACAACGUACAAAGGUGCUUGAGUUGGAGAAGAAACAAAAGAAUUUCGAUAAAAUUCUUGCGGAGGAAAAAGCCAUUUCUGAGCAAAUAGCUCAAGAGCGUGACACUGCGGAGCGGGAGGCUCGAGAGAAAGAAACCAAGGUGCUAUCACUAACUCGUGAAUUAGACGAAGCUUACGAUAAGAUCGACGAUUUAGAAAACAAAAGAAAAGUGCUUCAGAACGAGCUAGACGAUUUAGCAAAUUCACAAGGUACUGCGGAUAAGAACGUGCACGAGUUAGAAAAAGCCAAACGUGCAUUGGAAUCGCAGUUGGCUGAAUUGAAAGCCCAGAAUGAAGAACUUGAAGAUGAUUUACAAUUGACCGAAGAUGCCAAGUUGCGCUUGGAAGUGAAUAUGCAAGCUAUGCGAUCACAAUUCGAGCGAGAUUUACAAGCGAAGGAAGAGCAGGCAGAAGAGAAACGCCGUGGUCUUAUUAAACAAAUACGUGACUUAGAGGCCGAACUAGAUGAGGAAAGAAAACAGCGUACUGCAGCAGUAGCAGCGAAGAAAAAGUUAGAAGGCGAUAUAAAGGAGCUCGAGACAACUAUGGAAAUGCAUAACAAAGUGAAGGAAGACGCUUUGAAACAUGCCAAAAAACUUCAGGCCCAAGUUAAGGAUGCCUUGCGCGAUGCUGAAGAAGCAAAGGCAGCGAAAGAAGAAUUGCAAGCUGCAAGUAAAGAAGCAGAACGUAAAGUUAAAGCCUUGGAAGCUGAGCUACUUCAAUUAACAGAAGAUUUAGCAAGCUCGGAGAGAGCACGUCGUUCUGCUGAAACCGAACGUGAUGAACUUGCCGAAGAAAUUGCAAAUAACGCCAGCAAAGGUUCACUUAUGAUUGAUGAAAAACGUCGGUUAGAGGCCCGAAUCGCUACGUUAGAAGAAGAAUUGGAAGAAGAACAAUCUAAUUCGGAAUUGCUACUAGAUCGUAGUCGUAAAGCGCAGUUAUCCAUUGAGCAGCUUUCGACCGAGCUGGCCAAUGAAAAAUCGAAUUCUCAAAAGAAUGAAAACACUCGUGCAUUACUUGAGCGUCAAAACAAAGAACUCAAAGCCAAACUGACUGAGAUUGAAACUUCGCAGCGCACUAAAGUGAAGGCUACAAUCGCAACGCUGGAAGCAAAAAUAACUAACCUCGAAGAACAGUUAGAAAAUGAGGGCAAAGAACGUCUUCUGCAGCAGAAGGCCAAUCGCAAAAUGGAUAAAAAGGUUAAAGAGCUGACAAUGAAUAUCGAAGAUGAACGUCGUCAUGCUGAUCAAUAUAAGGAGCAAAUCGAUAAACUCAACAGCCGUAUGAAACAACUUAAGCGAAAUCUUGACGAAACCGAAGAGGAAUUGCAGAAGGAAAAAACACAAAAACGCAAAUACCAACGUGAGUGUGAGGACAUGAUUGAAAGCCAAGAAGCAAUGAACCGCGAAAUUAACUCUUUGAAAACAAAGUUAAGAUCGAUGCAAGUGGCAGAAACUGAAAAGGCUAAGGCCUAUUCGCCUAAGAAGGAUGCUUCACUUAUUAUGAAUUGUGAAGGCUUGUAAAGCGGUGAUUAAAAAUAUUUAAACUGAGGAAAAAGUUUAAAAUGUAAGAGCGUCGUAAUUUUUUUUGCCUUUCUGAGUUCUCGCACGUAUUUUAGAUUAUUGACCCUACCCACAGACAUCACAAGCGAAUUUAAAAAAAAAACUGAAUGUUCUUCCAUAUUUCCUUCUUAAAAUAGUUUACAUUUCGUUUUCAAAUAAACUGAACCUGGAUGGAUUCAAAUAAUAUUACAUAAAAAUUAUAAAUUGUUUACAAAUGUUAUAUAUAAAAUAACAGUAGUUGUUUAAAUUCAAUCAGAGGUAAAAUAUAAAAAUCUUGAUUCAUAAAUAAUAAAAUCGAAAUUCAUAUAUCCCCUUAAAUAAGUCUCAGAAUUAUUGAAAUGAUUCUAAAUGAACCGUAAUAUACCUUCAUUACCCAUUUAUGUUAUCUACAUCACUAAAAUUGCAAUAACAAUGGUGAUUUGUUUUUAAUAUGAGAACUAUUUUGGGCACAUGAGAGACCACAAUCCCAUAUAUUGGGAGAAGAAAAACUUUGGGUUAUUUUCAUCAAAAUUCUAAAAUUUUAAAAUUCCAUAGGAGCUUUGUAUUAAAAUGUUUGUUUGUGUCCAAAUCCUUUGUUUAAAUAAUCACACGUUUAACUAAAAAUAUAUUUUUUAUUAUUUUUUUUAUGAUUACUACAUGAAUUCAUAUUGAUACAUUACCAAUAUGUUAUGUGUAAGUGUUAUUGAAAUUUCAUAUAAUUUAUAGGUAUGUUCUGAUUGGAUAGAAGCAUGCGAUUUUGGUUUGAUAACGCACAUUAUCCAUUACCUUUAGUUAUCUUGCAUGCUACAGAUCCUUCCCUUGAAUAAGACCCAAUUCAUUUGAAUCCGUGUUUUGCUUGGAAAUUUUUUGAUAAUAUUAUUUGUUUUUGACUUAGUAGAGAGAACGUCUCUAAAUAAUCUCUCUAAUAUGCUUUAAUUUCUUUGCAGACGAGCUGGUGGGGGUAUGGGUUUAAGUUCGAGCCGUUUGACUGGCACGCCA